AUGUUUAAUAAAGACUUGCAGAAGGCAGAGGACAUUAAGGACAAGAUAGGUACAAGGUACCUGAAGAACGCAUCCUCCACCCUGAGGAGCCAGAUGUGGAGUUUAGAGGUUGACAAUCAGGGUGUGGCACAAAUAUCUGCAGAGCAUGGAGUGGUCAGGGUUGGCCAGGUGGACAGCAGUGUGAGUCUUGGCAAACAGGAUCUUGGUGAUUUGAUAUUACAGAAACAGAACGUCUUCAGGUGGACUCAGGUCAGUGGAGCUUGUGAUUGGCGAGAGGAUGUCCCGCCCCCUGGCGCCCAGAGUGCCCCGCCCCGGGCGCGAGAACCCGCCCUCCCGGUUAGGACCUCGGAGAGCGCCAGGCACCAGCACCAGAGGGACCCGAGAAGCGGCCGGAUCCGGGCUGGACCUUCGCCCGCCUGCGAGCCUGCAGCCUCCGCGCCCUCCGCCUCACGGGCCGGCCGGCGGCUAGUGGCGUCUGAGGAAGUGUUUAAAAUGAAGAAGUUUAAUUUCCGAAAAGUUUUGGAUGGCUUAACUGCCUCUUCCCCCGGCAGUGGUAGCAGCAGCGGCAGUAACAGUGGUGGGGCUGGAAGUGGCUCCGUCCAUCCUGGAGGGACUGCAGGGGUUCUGAGAGAGGGAAUCCAGGAAAGCCUCAUCUCCGAGUGUUUCCAGAUUUGCAAGACAGUUCGGCAUGGUUUUCCCUAUCAGCCCACAGCAUUGGCCUUUGAUCCAGUCCAGAAAAUCCUGGCUAUUGGAACGAGAACAGGUGCUAUACGAAUACUUGGGAGGCCUGGUGUUGACUGUUACUGCCAACAUGAGAGUGGGGCGGCUGUCUUGCAGCUCCAAUUCCUGAUCAAUGAGGGCGCUUUGGUCAGUGCGAGUUCAGAUGACACACUUCAUUUGUGGAAUCUGAGACAGAAAAGGCCGGCCAUUCUCCAUUCUCUUAAGUUUAACAGAGAACGAAUUACUUACUGUCAUCUACCUUUCCAGAGUAAAUGGCUCUAUGUUGGAACAGAAAGAGGAAAUACACAUAUUGUAAAUAUUGAAUCUUUCAUUCUUUCUGGAUAUGUCAUCAUGUGGAACAAGGCAAUUGAGCUCUCCACCAAGACUCAUCCAGGCCCAGUUGUACAUCUAAGUGAUAGCCCAAGAGAUGAAGGAAAAGUGAGUAUGCUGCCUUAUUCUCACCUUCGUUUUUCCACUUUUAGAAAAAAAUUAUUUUAUACUGUUUUCUUGAGAUUCAAAAUACCAAUUAAAGGCUUCAUGCAUGUGGGUGAUAAAAGACUUAACAUCUUCUUCGAGUCUGUGGUGUCGUCCGUCCUAGUAUCCAAGACCAAAUAUUGUAGGGAAAGUGGAGAGGCCCAGCAUCCUUCUUCAGGGGCCUGUGACACAAGUUUGGAUGGAAACAGCAAACCAGUAACAUUUUCUUCGUCUAAGCUCAUGAUGUUGCAGUUAGAAAUCUGCAUCCGUGGACUACUUCCCGCUGCUGUGAUAAACUACCAUGACUAUGGCAACUUCAGGAAGAGAGCAUUUGUUUUCGACCCCUGCUUCCACAGUGGUGAGUCCAUGAGAGGCACUGGCGACACCAAGGGGAAUGAUUCUUCGCAUGCCCAGCCUCAUGAAUCAGCGUCAGGGUCACUUACAGCAGUGACUUACACUUACACUUACACUCAAAGGCAGUUGCACCAUGAAAAGCCCAGCACAGGUGAACAAGGAAGCGAAAACCCUGGAGUGGCUCAGCUGGGAAUCCCCCUUAAGACUACUGCAUCGUGA